AUGGCAUACGACCCCAACUCCCAGUCGAACCUCGACGAGGUCAAGACAUCCCACAUCCACCUCAACCUUGCCGUCGACUUUGUCGCAAAGACCCUCGCCGGAUCAGCCGAGCUCGACAUCGAGGCCAUCACUGACAACGUCUCCAAGCUCAUCCUCGACACCAGCUUCAUCGCCAUCCACUCUGUCACCCUCAAUGGCGCUCCUCUCAAGUACACUUUGGCUGACCGUCAUGAAAAGUACGGCUCUGCCUUGACCAUCGAGUUGGGCAAGGCUCUUGCCAAAGGAGACAAGGCCAAGGUCGUUAUCGCUUACGCUACCACUGAGGAGUGCACUGCCUGCCAGUGGCUCGAACCCAGUCAGACAGCUGGCAAGAAGCACCCUUACCUUUUUACCCAGUGCCAGGCCAUCCACGCCCGCUCCUUGGUCCCCUGCCAGGACAGCCCCUCGGUCAAGUUGACCUACAGCGCCAACAUCAACGCCCCCCUCCGGGCCGUCAUGUCUGCCGUCCCCACUGGAGAGGAGAAGCAGGCCAACGGUACCACUACCUACAAGUUCCACCAAAAGACCCGCAUGCCUUCGUACUUGAUCGCCCUCGCUGUCGGAAACCUCGAAGGUCGCGAGAUUGGACCUCGCUCGACUGUCUGGACUGAACCCGAGGUCAUUGAGGCUGCCGCAUGGGAGUUUGUUGACACUGAGUCCUUCAUCCGCACUGGUGAGGAGCUCCUGACCCCCUAUGAUUGGGGUCGCUAUGAUCUAUUGGUCCUCCCUGCCUCUUUCCCCUACGGUGGUAUGGAGAAUCCUUGCUUGACCUUUGUCACUCCUUCGCUCUUGGCUGGAGACCGUUCCUUGGUUGAUGUCGUUGCCCAUGAGAUUGCUCACAGCUGGAUGGGCAACUUGGUCACAACUGAGAACUGGGAGCACUUCUGGCUGAACGAGGGAUUCACUGUCUUUGUUGAACGCAAGAUCUUGGGUCGCAUGCAGGGCAAGGAACACGCCGAGUUCAGCGCCAUCAUUGGACACAAGGCCAUGGUUGAGAGUGUUGAGAUCUACGGCGAGGACCACCCCUUCACCGCUCUCCGUCCUUGCCUCCGUGGCGAGGAUCCCGAUGAUGCCUUCUCCUCGAUCCCCUAUGAGAAGGGAUUCAACUUGCUUUACUACCUUGAGAAACACUUGGGUGGCCCCGAGGUCUUUGAGCCUUAUGUUAGAGCCCACGUUCAGGAGUUUGCUGGCCGCUCGAUCAACACCGACGACUGGAAGGCUUUCUUGUACUCGUUCAUGGAGAAGAACCAUGGACAGGAGAAGGUUGACCUCUUGAACAAGGUUGACUGGGAGGCUUGGCUCGCCGGCACCGGCAUGCCCCCCGUCGAGAACAAGUUUGAUGAUACCCUCGCCAAGGCCUGCAACUGCCUUUGCAAGAAGUGGGACCACUCUCGCACGGUCGAGAAGCCCACCGAAUUCUCGCCCAAGGACAUUGAGGAGUUCUCGCCUACUCAGAAGGUUGUCUUCUUGGAGCGCGUCUCUGAACUCGACAGCCUGCCCCACUCGCACUUGGAGUUGAUGGAUCAGACCUAUGGACUGACCCAGGUCCGGAAUGCAGAGAUCAAGUUCCGCUGGCACAUGAUCUGCCUCAAGGCCAACUACGAGAAGAUGUACCCUGAGGUAGCCGAGUUUGCCUCGACCAUGGGACGCAUGAAGUUCUGUCGAUCACUUUUGAGGGCGCUUUAUCUGGCCAAGAAUGGAGCGGAAUUAGCAAGGGAAACGUUCAAGAAGCACAGAUCAUUCUACCACCCCAUCGCUGCCACCAUGAUCGCCAAGGACCUUGGUCUCGCCAAGUAG